CGCCGGAAACGCAGCCUGAAAGUGCCCGCCCUUUCAACUACAGAGCUUACAGAGCCAGAAAGCAGUGAGUGGGGAGGUUGGAUGGUUGGAAGCAUCAAAGAUGAGUACAGUAGAUAAGAUGCUAAUAAAGGGCAUCCGGAGUUUUGAUCCGGAAAACAAACACGUCAUCGCCUUCUUCAAGCCCUUAACUCUCAUUGUUGGUCCUAAUGGCGCUGGCAAAACCACCAUUAUCGAGUGUUUGAAGCUUUCAUGUACCGGAGAGUUGCCUCCUAACGCAAGGUCUGGUCACAGUUUCAUCCAUGAUCCCAAGGUUGCAGGGGAGACGGAAACGAAGGGACAGAUAAAGCUUAGAUUCAAGACAGCUGCUGGUAAGGAUGUGGUGUGCAUAAGGUCGUUUCAGCUGACGCAAAAAGCUUCUAAGAUGGAGUACAAGGCAAUCGAGAGUGUCCUUCAGACAAUUAAUCCUCACACCGGAGAGAAAGUUUGCCUUAGCUAUAGAUGUGCUGACAUGGAUCGAGAAAUACCUGCUUUAAUGGGGGUUUCAAAGGCUGUCCUUGAAAAUGUUAUAUUUGUGCACCAAGAUGAUGCCAACUGGCCACUGCAAGAUCCUUCAACAUUAAAAAAGAAGUUUGAUGAUAUCUUCUCUGCUACCCGGUACACUAAGGCGUUGGAGGUCAUUAAAAAGCUUCACAAAGAUCAGGCUCAAGAAAUAAAGACAUAUAAGCUGAAGUUAGAGAAUCUUCAAAUCCUGAAAGAUGCAGCGUAUAAGCUUCGAGAAAGCAUUGAACAAGAUCAAGAGAAAACAGAGUCAUUAAAAAUUCAAAUGCAGGAAUUGGAAAAUAACAUCCAAAAUGUGGAUGCCAAGAUACAGCAUACUGAAGCAACUUUAAAAGACUUGCGGAAGCUACAAGACCAGAUAUCAACUAAAACUGCUGAAAGAAGCACCUUGUUUAAGGAGCAGCAGAAACAAUAUGCAGCUCUUGCUGAGGAGAAUGAAGACACUGAUGAAGAAUUAAACGAAUGGAAAACCAAGUUUGAAGAGAGAAUUGCACUCUUAGAAUCUAAAAUCAGCAAGUUGGAGAGGGAAAUGGAUGACACAGAGACAAAAGGUUCUUUCCUUAAGCAGACAAUCAAUGACUAUAUCUGGGAGACAAGCAAACUUCAAACUGAAGCUGAAGUUCAUUCCUCCUUGAAGAAUGAAAGAGAUUCAACUAUUCAAAAACUUUUUGCAAGGAAUAAUUUAGGGUCUCUUCCCAGUGUCCCCUUCAGCAAUGAAAUUGCUUUGAACUUCACAAACCGAAUAAAAACAAGGUUAAUGGAUCUUGAGAAGGACCUGCAAGAUAAAAAGAAAUCAAUUGAAAUGGAACUUAAGGUGGCGUGGGAUCGUUACAUGGAUGCAAAUGACCAUUGGAAAGAUAUAGAGGCUCAAAAACAGGCUAAAGUAGAGAUCAAGAGUGGUAUUUUGAAACGCAUUGAAGAGAGGGAAAAUGAGCGUGAUUCAUUUGAACUCCAAAUUUCUAAUGUUAGUCUGUCUCACAUUGAUGAAAGAGAAAAAAAUUUGAGAAUUGAGGUUGAGAGAAAGACAAACCAGCUUGCUGAACGAGAAUUUGAGUCAAACAUCCGUCAAAAGCAGAGUGAGUUGUAUAGCAUAGAGCAAAAAAUUAAAGCUCUUAAUCGAGAGAAAGACAUCAUGGCUGUGGAUUCGGAGGACAGAGUGAAAUUGUCUCUGAAGAAGGGAGAGUUGGAAAACCACAAAAAGAAACAUCGAAAGAUAAUGGACGAAUACAAGGACAGAAUCAGGGGAGUGCUGAAAGGGAGGCUUCCUCCUGAUAAGGAUUUGAAGAAGGAAAUUACGCAAGCCCUAAGGGCUCUUGGAAUUGAGUUUGAUGACUUGAACUCAAAGUCCCGUGAAGCUGAGAAGGAGGUGAAUAUGCUGCAGAUGAAAGUAGAAGAAGUUAACAAUAACCUUUCCAAACUUAACAAGGAUAUGGACUCAAGGAAGAGAUUUAUUGAAUCUAAACUUCAGUCAUUGGAUCAGCAGUCUUUUAGUAUCGAAUCUUAUAUGAAGGCCUUUGAUUGGGCGAAGGAGAAAAGAGAUGUCCAGAAAAGCAAAUAUAACAUUGCAGAUGGCAUGAGGCAAAUGUUUGAUCCUUUUGAAAGAGUUGCCCGUGCUCAUCAUGUUUGCCCUUGCUGUGAGCGUCCUUUCUCUGCUGAAGAGGAAGAUGAGUUUGUUAAAAAGCAAAGAGUGAAGGCUGCAAGUUCGGCAGAGCAUAUGAAAGUGUUGGCUGUUGAGUCAUCCAGUGCCGAGUCACUAUUCCUGCAGUUGGAUAAACUUCGUAUGGUAUAUGAAGAAUAUGUCAAAAUUGGCAAAGAAACAAUCCCUCUUGCAGAGAAAAAUUUAAAUGAGCUCACUGAAGAAUUGGAUCAGAAAUCUCAGGCCCUUGAUGAUGUGUUGGGUGUUUUAGCUCAAGUGAAGACUGAUAAAGACUCAGUUGAGGCCUUGAUGCAACCUGUGGAAACUGCUGACAGGCUCUUCCAGGAAAUUCAAACUUGGCAAAAGCAAGUUGAUGACUUAGAGUAUAAACUUGAUUUUCGAGGGCAAGGUGUCAGAUCUAUGGAAGAAAUUCAGUUGGAGCUGAAUACUUUGCAGAACACAAAGGAUAAUUUGCAUAAUGAUCUGGAGAAGUUAAGGGAUGAGCAAAGGUACAUGGAAAAUGAUCUAUCAAAUAUUCAAAUACGGUGGCACACUACAAGGGAAGAGAAGGUGAAAGCAGCUAAUACAUUGCGGGAUGUUAAAAAGGCUGAAGAAGAGCUUGAUCGUUUGGUUGAGGAAAAAAGUCAAGUAGACCUUGAUGAGAAGCAUUUGGCAGAGGCUCUUGGACCUUUAUCGAAGGAGAAAGAGAAAUUACUAAGUGACUACAAUGAUUUGAAAGCAAAGCUUGAUUUUGAAUAUGAGCAACAGGCUGAACAAAAGAGAAAUUAUCAACAGGAAGUUGAGGCACUCCUUAAAGUUACUUCUAAGAUUAAAGAGUAUUAUGAUUCAAAGAAAGGGGAGAGGUUGAAGGAACUUAAAGAAAAGAAAUCUUUAUCAGAGUCUCAACUUCAAAGUUGUGAUGCCAGGAAGCAGGAAAUUUUAACUGAACUAAAUAAAAGCAAAGAUUUGAUGCGGAAUCAAGACCAAUUAAAGCGAAAUAUUGAGGACAAUUUGAAUUAUAGGAAGACAAAGGCUGAAGUAGAUAAACUUACCAUUGAGAUUGAAUUGCUGGAAGACAGGAUAUUGAAGAUUGGUGGGGUUUCUGCUGUUGAAGCUGAUCUUGGAAAGCUAUCGCAAGAAAGAGAGAGACUUCUUUCAGAGCUAAACAGGUGUCAUGGAACAACAUCUGUUUACCAGAGCAAUAUUUCAAAACAUAAGAUUGAUCUUAAACAAACACAGUACAAGGACAUUGAUAAACGGUACUGUGAUCAGUUAAUUCAGCUGAAGACAACUGAGAUGGCAAACAAGGACCUUGACAGAUACUACAAUGCACUUGACAAAGCACUCAUGCGUUUCCAUACAAUGAAAAUGGAGGAAAUAAAUAAAAUUAUAAGAGAGCUGUGGCAGCAAACAUACAGGGGACAAGAUAUAGACUACAUUAGAAUUCAUUCAGAUUCCGAAGGUGCUGGGACUCGAUCUUACAGCUACAAGGUUCUUAUGCAGACUGGUGAUGCAGAGUUAGAAAUGAGAGGAAGGUGUAGUGCUGGUCAGAAGGUCCUUGCUUCACUAAUCAUAAGGUUGGCAUUGGCCGAGACUUUUUGCCUUAAUUGUGGAAUACUAGCAUUGGAUGAACCAACCACAAACUUAGAUGGCCCAAAUGCUGAGAGUCUUGCAGCCGCUUUAUUGAGAAUCAUGGAGGAUAGAAAAGGACAGGAGAAUUUUCAACUAAUAGUUAUUACUCACGAUGAGAGAUUUGCUCAGCUAAUUGGUCAACGUCAGCAUGCAGAAAAAUACUAUAGAGUUGCAAAGGAUGAUCAUCAGCAUAGCAUAAUUGAAGCCCAGGAGAUAUUUGAUUGAAGGCCUCCAAUGGGAUGCAUGCAUUAGUGACCUUCAUUCAUAUGGUGCAGCUGUGUGUUGACAGUGGAUGCGCUCCAAAAAUCUGUCUGUUGUAUGUAUGCUCUCCCAUGAAAUUAAUUAUUAUAUUGUUCUCUUUCUAAAGAGAUUGUGGGGUUUGUUUUUGUGCAACUUUGCAGUUUUGAGGCCUUUGGCCAACCAUAGGAUGGCCCUUGAUGUACAGACCAUGCCCUAUGAUGUGCAUAAUUUGCCUCAAGAGAGUGCAGCUAUUUGAAUCUAUUGGCAUGAAAAGUUUUGCAUUAUUGGUGACUGAAA